AUGGCUUUUCCCUUUAAACAUGUCUUGAUGGUCGGAGCCACUGCCGGCAUUGGCGCAGCAAUGGCAGACCGACUGGUUGCCGAGGGGGUCAAAGUCAUUGCUGCCGGCCGUAGACAGGAUCGACUCGAUGCAUUUGUGCGAAAGCAUGGCUCGGAUAAAGCCAGCGCGGCCCGGUUUGACCUCAGCGACAGCAAAAACAUGGAUACUUUUGUAUCCGACGUCACCAAGACCUACCCAGACCUAGACUGUGUCUUCCUCAAUGCUGGUGUCCAAAGUGUUUUCAAUCUCACCGAGCCAGAGACAUUCAACCCGUCUACUUUUCAUUCUGAGAUUUUGGUCAAUUUCUCAUCCUUUGUUGACCUCACGUUGAAGUUGUUGCCGUUCUUGAAGAACAAAAACUCUGAGACUGGCUUGAUUUACACCGGAUCCAAUCUGGCAAUCGUACCAGCUGCGAAUCUACCGGCAUACUCAGCGUCAAAGGCGGCUUUGAAUGCUUUUGUUCUCUGCCUACGGGAGCAGCUGAGAGACACGUCGGUGAAAGUGAUUGAGCUUUCUCCUCCACCAGUUCAAACCGAGUUACACGACUAUAUGGGCGAAGAGAAAGGACGAAAUCUCGGUAUGCCCGUUGACAAGUUCACCGAUAUCGCGUACAAGGGUCUGGUUUCGGGAAGAGAUCAGAUCAUCAUCGGCGCAGUCGGGCCCGAAGAGACAUUCCACGAAAUUGUUGAUAAGAGGAGGACUGCGUUCGAGAAUUUGGCAAAGAUAAUGCGAGUCCCUCAGAUGUGA